AUGAGGCGCCUCGUUAUUCUCAGCCGAAGCUUGAGUGCUGGUGCGGCUGAUACCGCCGUCGUGGGCCCUUUUGCAUCCUCUUUCCGCUGGCAGGCCACGUAUGCCCAUGGCGUAGAGGAGUCUGCGUCCACAUCCUCGUCAGACGGAGACACGUCUCAAGGGAAGGCGCGGGCGAAGGAGAAGGAGAAGGAGGAGGCACAUGCGAAAACGGAUGCUCUUGGAGCCCCCAGUGCAACGGGCAAACGUCGCAACAUUGUGGUAAUGAGCAACACCACCAAGGCGGUGUAUAUUCACCCAGCGAACCAUAUUGCCUCCUGGUAUUGGUUUGUCACGGAUUUCCAUAAAUGGUUUGUUGGUAUCGUAUUUUUUUUUGUCGGAUCACAGCUGUUAGCUCGUUACCGUUUAUCAAAGAUGAACACAGUGGUUCAGGCGCAACUGGGAGAAAACCUCCUUGACCAGCGUACGCGGGACCUUUUGAGUGACAUUGAGGUGCUGCGGCGCAAGGAUCCUCUUCGGCUAGAACAGGAGGCGAAUGUGUUCCACGAGCAGUUUUGGAAGCGACGCGCCAUUGCUGUGUCCGAAUCUAGGAACGAGGUUCGUAGAGUGGAACUGCAGCGGGGUCUGCUUCAAGGUCAGGCAAGAGGAACCGACAUGACGGAGUGGCUAGGAGCCAAGGCGAAGGACAAUGAAGAGCGUGAAGUGGCGCGACGGACACAGGACUACAUUCAGGGUUUCCACCAGCACCUCAAGUCGAAGCGUCUCAUUUGA